AUGUCGUCGGGAACUGCGAAGCCAGCCUCCUCGGGGUCUGAUUCGGAUCCCUACACUGCGGUGGACCAGAGGAAGCGCAAGAGGAUGGAAUCCAACCGGGAGUCGGCCAGGAGGUCCCGGAUGAGGAAGCAACAGCACCUAGGCGAGCUGAUGGGCCAGAUGGCUCAGACCAAGGACGAGAACACCCGGAUCGCAAUGCAGAUCAACGCACUGGAGCAGCAGUUCUCCAAGAUCGAUUCCGAGAACUCUGUCCUCACGGCUCAGGUAGUGGAGCUCACCGAUAGGUUGCAGUCCCUCAACUCCGUGCUCCGCUUUGUCGAGGAGUUCAGCGGGAUGGCUCUGGACAUCCCCGAUCUCCCCGACCCGCUCCUGAGGCCGUGGCAGCUUCCCUGCCCUUCUCAGCUUAUCACGGCGUCCGCCAACAUCUUCCAGUGCUAG